AGUUUGAAACACAAUAUUAUAUAUUUUUUUCAUUCUCUAAUGAUCGAAGUCUGAACAUCAGAUUGGGAUACUAUAAAAUAUUAUAUAUAAUGCCAUAAUAUUAAGAUUAAACCCUUAAGUUAAAAAAAAAAAUUGUUAUUAAAAAUGUUUUCUUUGUUAACUAGAAAUAUCUACUUACGGCCAUCUACGAAAAAUACUAUUAUUGUAAUUCAGCAUUCUAAUUUCAGCAUUAGUGUACGAUCACAAAAACAAAAAGUGUACACGUCUGUUGAACACGCUUUGGAAGAUGUCAAACCCGGCAGUUCUAUUCUAUUUGGUGGUUUUGGACUGUGUGGUAUACCAGAAAAACUAAUCGACGGUCUGGUGGAACGUAAUGAUAUAAAUAAUUUGACCGUGAUUAGUAACAAUGCUGGUACCGACAACUUUGGUUUAGGGAAACUUCUGAAACAAAAGAAAAUUACCAAGGUUAUUGCUUCGUAUGUUGGCGAAAAUGCCGAGUUCGAAAAGCAAUAUCUAAAUGGAGAAUUGACUGUUGAACUUACUCCUCAAGGUACAUUAGCCGAAAGAAUACGAGCUGGCGGCGCUGGCAUACCAGCCUUUUUUACACCAACGGCUGUUGGUACACUUGUUCAGGAUGGAGGCAUACCUUUGAAGUAUGUAUUGCACAACGAAGAAGAAGAUAAUGAUACAAAUAAAAAAAGCAAUAAAAAAGGGCAAGUAGAACUGGCUAGCGACGGUCGUGAAGUUCAAAUUUUUGAUGGACAACCAUAUGUCAUGGAAAGGGCCAUAACGGCAGACUAUGCAAUCAUUAAAGCUCAAAAAGCUGAUCACGAAGGAAAUCUUAUAUUUAACAAAUCGGCCAGAAAUUUUAAUCCAGCCAUGUGUGCUGCAGCUAAAACCACUAUAGUAGAAGUUGAAGAAAUUGUCGAUACCGGCUGUAUUGAUCCAGACCAAGUACACGUCCCAGGCAUUUACGUCGAUAGAAUAGUUUUGGGCAAAGAUUACGUUAAGAAAAUCGAAAAAACUGUCCUAAUCCAAAAACCAUCAGACGGCGAUUCGAUGCUAGCAAGCUCUUCUGCUGCACAAUUGAGAGAGCGAAUAGUUAAACGAGUUGCUUUAGAAUUCAAAAACGGCAUGUAUGUCAAUUUAGGAAUAGGCAUGCCGAUGUUGGCCAGCAGUCAUAUUCCAGAAGGCGUUAAGGUGAUUUUACACAGCGAAAAUGGUAUAUUAGGUCUUGGCCCUCAUCCAUCAUCAAAGAAAUCAGUUGACCCAGACUUAAUCAAUGCUGGAAAGGAGACGAUUACCGUUGUACCAGGUGGUAGUUUCUUUAGCAGCGAAGAAAGUUUUGCAAUGGUCAGAGGGGGUCAUUUAGAUUUAACGGUAUUAGGCGCGAUGGAAGUUUCACAAUACGGCGAUUUAGCCAAUUGGUUAAUACCAGGCAAAUUAGUAAAAGGUAUGGGAGGAGCGAUGGAUCUGGUUUCGGCUCCCAAUACCAAGGUCAUUGUGGCUAUGGAGCAUACAGCCAAAGACGGCUCACCAAAAAUUAUUUCCAAUUGUGUACUUCCGCUGACCGGUAGUCGAUGUGUCAACAGAAUAAUUACAGAAAAAUGCGUUUUUGAUGUAGACCCGGAAAAUGGAUUGACGCUAGUCGAAAUUGCAGAAGGUGUUGAAAUAAUCGAUAUAGUCCAGAGUACAGGCUGUGAAUUUGUAAAAUCUGAUGACCUUACAACAAUGAGGACAAAGUAAAUGCAGAGUUUAUAUAAGUUUUCUGUGUCAAGUAUAUUUUCAAAAAUAAAAAAAAAGUACAAUUUGCAUUAAAUGUAUGAUUAUGUGUAUGUAUAUUGAAAAAUGUAAUACUAAAAAACACAAUUAACCACAAAUUCAGAAUACAAUAUUUUAGCGUAAUAUUAAUAAAAACAAACAAAAAAUUCAUCACAAACGCUAUUCCAGGCUUUGAAAAUCAAUUAAGAAUAUUAUAAAUAAUAUGUAAUCAA